AUGGCCUUAGUACAGGACCUUACGGUCUUACUGCAGCAGUGCAGCCUGCGUGUUCAUGCUUCAGACUCUUUUUCGUGGCGAGAUGUAUCAUCGGGUGUGUUUACGGUUAAGUCUUGUUAUGAACGCUUCAAAACUUAUCUAUCGGGUCCUCCUCUUAAUGCGGGUUUGGUAAAAGAAGCGUCUUACUUGUGGAAUGUCAAAGCUCCCGCAAAAAUUCUGUUUUUUGGUUGGCGUAUUAUUCAUAAUAGAAUAGCAACUAAAGAUCAACUUUUCAAAAGAGGUGUUUUGGUGGAUGUUAAUGACUUGAUGUGUGUUUUGUGCAUGAAAAAAGAGGAGACUUUACUGCACCUUAUUGGAGGUUGUGAGAUAACUUCCCGGAUAUGGAGAAGGGUAUUCCAUUGGAUUGGUCAUGGAUUGGAGUUAUCUUUUGAUGAAUUUGUUGGAUUCUUUGCUUCUUGUGGUAAAGUGAAGAGUUUAAUAAAGAGGACUAUUGCGGCGGUGAUAUGGUUGGCAACGGCUUGGUGCUUAUGGUUGAAGCGUAAUGCUUGUAUUUUUAGAAAAGAGUUGUUUAGCUUUUCCGAGUGUAUGUCCGAGAUUAUCCUCUCCUCUUGGAAUUGGCUCUUAUCUUUCUAUAAGCUAGGAGUUCUUUGUAAUUAUCACACUUGGAAUAUCCUUCCACUCCUUUGUUUUGAGUGUUAG